GCUGAGGCGGGAGCUCCCCGCGGGCCCUGCCUCCGCCCCGGGCCCUGCCCGCCCCGGGCCCUGCGCCCGCCCCGGGCCCUGCACCCCCCCCGGGAACGCCGCCACUCGCGGAACGCCGCUCCCGCCCCCCUGCGUCCCGCUUCUUGAGGCACAGACCGGCAACGGGCUCGUCCGCACCUCGCCUCCAGGAAAUGGACCUUCCCUCUCAUUUUCGAAAGACUGGUCUCCUUCAUACACCCCUACUGACUCCUGGUUGUUAUUAUUAGAAACUGCAAUCCAACUUGUCUCAUUUUUCAGAAGUCCCCUGGAGUGCCUGAAGAGACAUUUGCAUUAAGGGAAGAAGUCUCUGGUGCCACUGUCCCUCCUCAGUUCUGCUGUCCUCUCAACAGGGCCUUCAUCAAAUCACAUGCAAGUGACAAACUUGCUUCUUAUAAGCAUUUGUACAAAACAGGUAAACACAGACUGUUCUCUGCGAGGUGUUCUCCCUUAUUCUGUGUUUCCUUAAACCACACUGACUCACAGCACCAUUCAGAAAGUUUUGCCAUGUCCCAGGCUAUUAGUUUACAAGUUAAAGGGAGUUUGUACAGCUUUGUGCCAGGGCUCUGGAGCAGACAGGGUGCAGGGUACCUGGAGGAGGUCGCCCGUCGUUUAUGUUGAAUGCUGUUGCAAAUAUACCAAAGGGAAAUGCCCCAAUUCCAAAGGACAUUUGGAAGCCGCCAUCGCCAAAACCAAAGCCCUGGAACCCCUGCAGAGAAUGGAGUGACAGAAGAGAAAAAAGGUUGAUCUGGAAAUGACUGAAUCACUGACAUUUACUACAUCCAAGAAUCAAGAGGAGUAACAGAUGAAUAAGAAGCACAGAACCCAUUUUCAAGCAGCCUUCUUAAAUGAAGUCCAGUGAAGAUGACAUGGAAGUAAAGAUCCACAUUUAGGGAUCCAGCACAAAUCUCACCGAGGUGCAUACAGAACAAGCAUGGCUGAAAGAGCUGGUGAAACUGGACCUCUGGGAAGCAGAUGGCACCUGGGACCUGACAGUUUGCUGACAACUGAGAGCUCAGGAGGUCCAUGAAUGAAGCAAAUGCAGGAAAACUGUUUUGAUCAUUGCGAGGUGUUGCGGGGGCCGCGUCCCAACGCCUGCCUCCGAAAAGAGCAAAGACUGUUUCUCAUCAACAGCAGCAAGUGUUCGGCCCAAGCAGGGAAGGAAGGAAGGAAGGAAGGAAGGAGGAAAGGAAGCUUUGAGGGAAACGAAUUGUUGAAGUGAGUGUGCAGAGCAGUAGGAUCCGAGCAGAGGAGCAUACCCAGGUGGGAUGGGAACACACGGCUUCGUAAAGCAGGUGCUUUCUUUUUAAAAUGGACAACAUCCAGAGACAGACAAUGAAUGAAGCUGGAUGAAUGGGAAGAGUGGUAUACAAGGAGAGAAGGAAAAUGUUCAUCUUGUUUACAGCUAAGUACCACACCAGAAAGGUGGGAGACCAGACAGCUAUUCCUGGUACAUGACAUGGUGCAUUUGUCUACCCUUUUCUGGAUCGUAGCUCUGGAAACUGCCAUCUUUCAGAGGGCAGGCCUGUAAACACACUGAGCUUCGCCUGAGCUGCAGGAGCAAAACAUGCUGUGGAGCAUCUGGUGCCUGACAUCUGUGAAGGCAAAUAACCAAGCUGAAACAUGGCCACAAUCUGUUACAGAAACCCCGCUGCCUCUAGCAGCCAGAAGUCAAUGGCCAGGAUGGUGUUGUCGAGCCAAGAUGCAGAUGCACUGAGGCUGGGUAAUUGCUGAUAACUUGGCUGUGCUUGGAACUCGUCACUCCGGAUUUAUGGACAAAGCCGUUGCAAAAGACAGGCAGAGGCGGUGCGUGUUUCCUUUGCCCUGCCAGAGGUGGAACUGGGUGCGCACUGCUGCUCAUGUUUAGUUUGUCAAACCAGGACUCGAGGUGCCUCUCCGCUGAGCUGCACUCAGGGCCUGGAGCUGCCCGUGCCUGCCCCCGGCGGACAUCUUGUCCGGGGCUGCCCUGGCGGACUACAGCUCCCAGCAUGCCCCGCGGCCGGCCGGCCGGCGGGACUACAGCUCCCAGCGUGAGCCGUGGCUGCCGUCGCGCCUCCAAGAUGGCGGCGCGCAGUGAGGGCGCGGGCCCGGACACGGACUCGGGCUCGGAGAGCGGCGGCGAGGCGGCAGCGCGGUUCCGGGAGGCUGCCUGGGACGGAGCCGCGCAGGCGGCAGCGCGGUUCCGGGAGGCUGCCUGGGACGGAGCCGCGCAGGCGGCAGCGGCAGCGGCGGGGCGGGCGGAGCCGCGCGGCGGUGCCUUUAGGAAGGGUCGGUUACAGCCUGCUCAGCCAAGCCGAAGACAUGAAGUCAAUGGUCACAGUGAGGAUGGAAAUGAGCUACAGACAACACCCGAGUUCAGAGCACACGUUGCAAAGAAACUGGGAGCGCUACUGGAUGGUUUCAUCACUGUCUUGAAGGACUCAUCAGGACCUUCCCAAACACCAGUGCAACAGUCUGACACUGCAGAUGAUGGUUUUCGUCUCUUCUCCUCCUCUGUCCCUGGAGACUGUGGGAGGUCAGAGCCUCGCCCUGCAGCGAGGAGACAUCCAGUCAGCUCCAGUGACACGGACAGUGACCAAGAGUGGCAAAGGUAUCAGGAGGCUGCUGUGUCAGCCACAGACAUUAUGAAGCAAAGUGCUUUUCCUGCACUGUCUCAGGAUUCCAGCCAGGAUCAGAGUCAGGAUUAUGUAGAACACAGACAGGAAAAAAAGAAGAAGAAAAAAAUGAGGGGAGAUAAGAAUAUUCAAGAGAAUACAGCAGAGUGUAACCAGACCUGCAAAGCUUUACCACGGCUGGUGUCUGCAAAUGGACAUCAUGAGAGACAGGACAGCAGCCAUGCAGAGAACUCAGUGGUGUCAGGAGUUGUGAAGAAGAAAAAGAAGAAGAAAAAGCAAGAAUGAAGAUUUUGCUCUGCACACAGCAG